AUGACGGGUCCUUUCCAUACCUAUGGGCCGUCUUGUCUGUUAGUAGAUGAUGAGCCUGCAUUGUCGAGCUUUUAUUCUCUUCUCAAUCCACCAGAGAUCAAAUCUCACUUUUUCUACGUCUCAUCUCUGCCCAUUGACGAUCCCUUGGCGCCCGUGCCGGCACCCACAGGACAAAUAACGGGAACUCCCAAUCCAUUUUCAGCUAAGGAUAAUGCCGCUCUGGAGGCGGCUUGGCGUGAUAUUGGGAAAGCGCAGCAGGAGCCCCAUCAAUUUAAAGGGGCUGCCAUAGCCGUACCAGGCCGUGGAUUGGCUGGCUAUCGUGGCGUUGCAACGCGAGAGGACCUCAGCGUAGGCAGCAGCAAGAGCAGUAACCCUAUAUCAUUGCCUGAUGACCCUGCUUUGCGGAACUUCAAAGGUCAAUCUGUGGAGAGCUAUUCAGAAAGACGCCGGGUAUUAGUGUCCUCGCUAGACACCAGUUAUAACGAUGAAAUUCCCCGCACCAGUGUGACUUUUCAAACAAGUGAACCUUCCACUUCUCUCAACGAGUCACCUUCGGGCAAGAAUAGGAGAAACUCACCUUCCGAGAAGGACGAAGAGGAGGCACGAAGUCUAAGACCCAAUAGAUCCAGGGAUGCGAGUAUCAGUGGAUCGCCAUUCAUCAGAGCACCUAUUUCACCGUCAUAUAAUUCAUUUGGACGCUCCGUCGAUUCGUUGCUACCAAAUGAUGGAAUCCAGGAUUGGCAAGCUGAGGCGCGACAAAGCGGCCUUGGCCGUUCUGCCUCAAAGCGCUCGAAUCUGCGAGCUACCGUCAGCCUUGAAGAAACUGCUCCCGAUUCAUCUGAGCAGGAGAUACCUCGAAAGGAUGUACUGGAACAAAUUCCAGUUGGCGCAUCGCGUCUCUAUUUGGUUGAACUCCCAAGUCUCAAGAUGAAACCAAUAUACUGGAAUCCUCUUCAUGAUAUCUCUGGUGUAAUGCGAGCUACUUGGUUCUACAAAAACACCAUGUUACCCGUUGAGACAGUACUCGCAAACAAAUUAGAGGAGGGGUACGUCGAACUGAAGCCAUGGACCGAGACUUGGCAAGAUGAAUUAAACAGCUGCGUGGAAAACGGGGCCGAUGCAGAAUUGAAAAUUGUGCACCGACUUUGGCCCACAGGUGAAUUGGACUCUGCCAAUCUAGCCGAGGCUGAUGGUCUGGACACGAAUGAGUCUGAAUCUGCGGAUGCUCAAGAAGCUCGAUCAUUUGAUAAAAAUCAAGCUGCAGGGGAUACAGGGAAUCAGCUAGAAGCUGUCAAGCCCCAUUUAUCGUCCAGUGUCAUCUACGUCAAUGCGAAGAGCGCCCAGAUCCUGCGACCUAGCCUUCUUCCGUCGGCAUCUAAGGGAAGACGGCCGCUUUUUGCCAUUCGCAAAGAACGGCAGGUUGGAAUACCGGUGGUACGCGGAUUCAGCCGGAAACUUUGGGACAAGCUACAUCCAACGAAACCCAAUGCUGUCGAUGUACGACAAUACAUCCGACGGACCUCUCGGGACACUGCCCCUGCCGCUCCUUUUGAACAGACGUGCUACGCCUGCAAAAUGGAAGAUCUGCGCACGAGCCCAUCCGAUCUGGUAUUUGUCAUACAUGGUAUAGGUCAAAAAUUAUCUCAGCGCAUGGAAAGUUUCGCCUUUACACACGCCAUCAACUCCUUCCGUCGGCAAGUGAGCAUGGAGUUGUACAACGAACCUGUUUGGCCCCACGUGCGUCAAGAUCAUGGGGGAAUUAUGGUGCUGCCUAUCAACUGGCGAACAACACUAUCACUGGAAGAACAAACCCUGGACUCGAUGGAUAUGGAAGACCCGUUUGCCAACGAUUACACACUCUCAGAUAUCACACCCCAGACACUUCCCGCCAUACGCUCCUUGAUCAGUGACGUGAUGCUUGAUAUUCCCUACUAUCUGUCCCACCACAAGCCAAAGAUGAUCAAAGCCGUCGUGAAAGAAGCAAAUCGUAUCUACCGCCUCUGGUGCAGAAAUAAUCCCAACUUCCAAGACACUGGCCGUGUGCACAUCCUAGCCCAUUCAUUGGGAAGUGUCAUGGCUCUUGACAUACUGAGCCAUCAGCCAACCCAUGUUCCCAAAUUUGACUUUUCUAAUACACCAUUGCAUAGCGAUAUAUUUGAGUUUGAUACCAGGAAUUUGUUUCUUUGCGGGAGUCCCGUCGGCUUCUUUUUAUUACUCAACAAAGCGACUCUUCUGCCCCGGAAAGGUCGAGAGAAACCAGGCAGCGAGGGUGAAGAUUUAUUCCCCGGUGUUGCUGGGGAAGCUGGUAAAUACGGCUGCAUGGCUGUUGACAAUCUAUACAACAUUGUCCACACCACUGACCCGAUCGCUUACCGCGUCAACGCUGCUGUGGACACGGAUCUCUCCAACUCUCUCAAGACAGCAUCCAUUCCGAGCUCGACGUCUUCAUUCUGGCAAUCCCUCGGCAGUGUUUUCAAAUGGAACCAAUCUCCCACCUUCGCCACAUCAUCAAAAUUAACUCGCCCGGGGAUGACAUCCAAGCUUCCAUCUACCGUCGAGAUGGAGACGCACGAUUUUACUCGUGAAGAAAUUGCUGAGAAGCGCAUGCUUUUGCUUAACGAUAAUGCGCAAGUUGACUUCUAUCUCUCUGGCGGCGGGGGUCCUCUCAACAUUCAGUACUUGAACAUGCUGAGUGCGCACAGCAGCUACUGGACUUUGACGGACUUUGUCAGGUUUCUGGUUGUGGAGAUUGCGCGGAAGCAGGGACGUGAUGGGACUUUGCUGGCUUUCCGGGCCGAGAAGAAGAAGGGUUGGAAGUAUACCAAGGGUCUAUGA